AUGGCCAGACCUGAACUGUCAGAACAUGAUAGCUACAAGGGACAACUUCUUAAGUCGUGUCAAAGAAAUACAAGUCAUGGGUUAGUUGCAGCAGAAUACAUGUGCCUCAACAUCUCCAAUAAUGUUAAGAAAAAUAUGGCGUGCGUGGGUGGCGAGGGACGUGGCCCAGAAGUACGCCCCGAGGCUCGUGUUCGACCAGGUGCAGGGCGCCACCAACAAGUGCUUCCUUCGUCGGCGGCGAGUACUACGAGGCGCGGAGGGCGGCAGCACCGUCAGGAUCUGCAACGAGGACUACGGGCAGCCUGGCGGGACGAGUGCCGGUCUUACUGGCGGGCCGCGGCGUGUGACGCGCACGUGCACGUGGCUUACUGGUUCUACUACGGCUACCAGGACACGUGUUCCCCCGGUGCUGGAGCCCACGAUGCCGACUGGGAGCACAUCAUCGUCAAAGUGAGUACUGCCACAUCACGCCACGUCCCUUCGUCACGGUACUGGCCGUUACGUGGUAACAGGCGCAGUGGCAGUAGGGGUAAGGCGGGUAAUAGGCGUAGCGCAGUAAUGGUCGUUCAACGGCGAUGGUCUUAAUGCGGUAACAGUCGU